CUGUCAAGUGUAUUUGCAAAACAUGGUCCCUUUGUCUCUUUGUUCCUUUAAUAUAAUUUCGCCAUGAAUGACGGUAUUCCUCCUCAGAUCCCCAUUACUUAUGAACCCCGUCUGAUUCAGCCGCCACUGGUCUCAAACAGUCAUCAGCAUUCUCUCAUGGCGACAUUUACGUCUUUGACAUUGUAGCCAACAGCUCUAAUUUGAUCGUUUCCGCCUCGAACCAUGAGAUCAAGCUAUACAACCCUACAACACUUGCUAUUAAAAAGCUUACUCAGAGGCCAUACUAAUACCAUCACGCAAAUAAAGGCCCACAAUGAGCAUAUUCUCAUGUCGUCCUCAAAAGGAUGGCUCUGUUGCCGUCUGGGAUCUCCGUACAGACGGAGGUCCAGUUCAGCUAUUUAGCAGCCCAUCGUAUACUCCAUUGCUUUCAUUUGAAUCAAUAUAUCGGAGCAAAUAUUGGCCGCAGGAUCAGAUUAAUCCGGCUUUAGGAUUAACAUUGGAUUAUGGGAUCGACUGCCAGUAUGAACCAGACUCGGGACGUUUGUACCUCAUCUCUGGAUCCAAUGAAGCCGAUUCAUUACAACUCUGUCAAGUAUUGCAGGGUGGACACAGUGAGAUUGUCAGGAGUACAUGCUGGGACCCCAAACGUGGGAUAUUGUUUUCAGGAGGCGAGGAUGCCAAGCUUGGGCUAUGGACAUCCACUGCUAGUACGACUACACCCUCGCCUCUUGUUGCCAGUGCAUCUUCAAACAAAGCUCACCAUUGCAGCUUAAGUAGGUCUGCUCGGUCAAAUCCAUACUAGAGGAUACUGAGUGACUAGAUUGAUAUCUUUUUUCAUACAGCAUUCUUCCUUCUCUGAUAAAAACUGAUAAAAUUAAAAGUACA